AUGUCUUCACCUCAAAGAGAAGGAUUCAGUGCUCCAGCAUCCAUCUCCCAUGCUGCACAUGGUCACGUUACCAACAAAUCUUUGGGUGUCAAGUACAACUGUGCCCAAUGUGGUGCAUCUUUUUCGUUGGGAAAGAGCGAUGCCAUCAGAUGCAAGGAAUGUGGACACAGAGUGAUUUACAAGGCCAGAACCAGAAGAAUGGUGCAGUUUGAAGCACGUUAA